CUUCCUCAAACUGACGCGCCUGGUUUCUCUCCCUCGGGUUGUCGUGCCUAAUUAUGGAGGCUUUGUUGUCAAAUUCACUUCUGUUUCGCUUGUUGUUGUUCUCAUACUUUAUGUUGACUUUGUUCUCUCCACAACUUCUACCUUCCACCAUCACCACACAAUUUAUUUCUGGAGGGUAUUGGCCCUCGCCCAUUCAUCACUCACCUUUCGUGUGAGUUGUUUACUUUUCUCUCAUCCAUCUUCGACCCUACUUAUCCGAUGACUAAGACACCAGCUCAAUAUGAGGUCCUCCAGAGACCUGUUUGGGACCCAGCCCCUGGAACUACCUGCUUGUGGCAAUGCAUCAAGGAGAAACCUCUAGCCAUGCACCAGUUGUCUGAUCGAGUGCUAGGCAGUCUCUAUAUUGCCAUUGAUUGCGGAUUGAUCAAGAAAGGUCAAUGUAACCUCAACGAAAGUGACCUUGGUGACUAUUUCAACAUUCGGGUUAUUCGCACCAAUUUAAAUCUUGGCCGCGAACUAUUGACCCCAGAUGGGAAAGCCGUGGUUGCAAUCCCGGUGAAGCGCGAGAACAAAACAGUAUUUUUCGAGCUCCGAGGUGCUGGCAAGGCCCAUAUCAAGCUUCCAGCUGUUGUGUAUAAUACGGAUAUUUUCAAGGCGAGGUAUCCUAACUGGGCCGAAUGGCGCGAUGAGCUUUUAUAUUGCCGAGCAUCAGACGGCGCAUUCUACGUGGAGGAUUUUGAGUCUUACCCAAGAAAUGCCACCGACAGCACUCCCCCGGACUGGCCUCAGGGCCUUACUCGAGACCGCAACUUGGCAUCUGAGGACCAUUAUCGGCUGAACAAUCUAAACACAAAGACUGGUUUGCCAAAAGACGUCGUUGAUACGGAAGAUAGCGUUCAAAAUCCGUAUUCCACGCGAUCCCAAGCCAGCCAGCCUCCACAGUCAAAUUUGAGAACCCCAAGAUCAGUCGACAACUCAUCUAUCGCGGACAUCAUUGAUCAAAGAUACGGUUUCAAUGGUCGAAAUCGAAGUGGGGUUGACGUUUUUACUGAGGAGGAAAUCGGCACGUUGUUAAUAUCAAAGAAGAGGAAGAGGAGCUCCUUCGCGGAACCCAUGCUUUCCAAGACGCCGAAUCGUCAGGGAUCACCUUCUCCCAGCAUCGCGCCGAUCGAAGUUCAUAAAGCUGCUUUUCAAGCCGCAUUUCGUGACAAAUCAGUUCAACGCACCGAAUUGUUUCACGCACUGUUGCCAUAUAUAACUGUGGCAGACGCGGAGGAGAUCUUGGUUCGAUGUCAACAGGUCGCUGCAGUCAUAUCCGAAUCCAAGUUUGAGUAACGCUCUGGGGCAGGAAUCCUGACCGAGCUAGAGAAUGUGUUCCCUGGCCUAUUGUGUUGAUCGGAGCUUCCGGAGUAUGUUUUUUUCACCUGUUGUUUGGUAUGGGCGUCCGCAGGAGGUGUCAGGUGUCCUUUAUUCCGCGGUAUUUGUCUGGUGCAAUGCUGAAGUGCUCAUACGUCCUCCUACUUGCAUUACCGAGGC